AUGGGAAAUAAAUCACAAAAAGGUGAAACAAAAGACUCUUCUGAAUUACUCAUAAGUAUAUUUUCUAUUCACAUCAGGCCAACAUUCGAAGACUUUUGAGUCAUCAGAAGUUGAAAAUUCAAAAAUAAUGAUUUAAGAAAAUUAAUUAUCAUAAUGUUGCAAUUGCUUUGGACUAAUCAAAACUUAAGUUGUUGAAAUCUAACUUUCUUGGAUUGAUUAUACCUAAAGGAAAUUAAAUAAAGGGGAUUUUAAACAUUAUUCAUGGGCAGAUUUAGUUAAGUUAAGAUUGCAAAGUAUAGAUACAAAGAAUUUUGAUGAUCAAUAAGCAAUCUUUUUAAAUAAAAUAAGAAUGAUUAUAAGUAGUUAUGAAAAAAAUUCUUUCUUUUAUUAAAGUUAAAUUUCAAACCAUUUUGAAUAAAAUGAAUAAACCAAAAUUAAUAUCUUUGAAUAUUAUGAAGAAGAAGCCAAUACUAUUUUUGAGGAUAGAAAAAAAUCACGUACUAAUGAGAAAUAAUUCUUUAGAGAAGUUAUGGGAAUUAUCAAUCAAUAAAUUAAAAUUGCUGAUCAUCCAUGUGGAUUAAUUUUAUCAAGUUUUUAAAAUUAUAUUGUAAAUUAUGCUGGAUCUUAAGUUUGGUUUCGAGAUUCUUUUAGAAGAGAUAAAUAUAAAGAUCAAUUAAUCAAAAGCACUGAACUUUGUGAUGAAAUUAUUGAAUUUCUUAAAUUCUUUGUAAAUUGUAUAGAUAGUUACUAUAUGAUGGACAAAUUUAUUUAAUAACCUCAAUUAUUAAAUUGUUUUACUGCAGUUAAUUUAAUAGCAUUUGUAAUUAAUAUACUAUUUUUGGAUGAAAGAAUUUAUCUUAAAAUAUUAAAGAGUUUCUCUGAACUUUAUUCAUCUGAAAACUAUUAAUAUUAAUUUAACUUAAAUAUCUUAAAAAAUUAUAAAAUUGAAGAUUUUGAUGUUAAUUAAUAAUUAUAAUUAAACACAGAAUUAGGAAUAUAAUUUGAAUCUAAAAAAAAUCACUUGAAAGGUAAUCCAUCAAUUUAAUUUUCUAAUUUUGGAGAUCUUAAUUAACCUUAUUAAUCAGCAAUCAAUAUUUUAAAAUAGCUAGAGCAUAUAUAAUCACCAACAAAUUAAUUGAAAAUCAUUUCUUCAACCUUCAAAGAAAUCAAUAAUUGCAUAAACUUAUAUUAUGAAAAACAUCCUGAACUUGAAGCUAUAAAAAAUUAUGGAACAGAUGACAUUGUUCCCAUUCUAACAUAUAUAAUUGUUAAAAGCAAUAUAUAAAACUUUGGAAUCAUUUUAAAAGUAUUUUUAUUAUUAUAUAAGAUUAUUGAAGCAUUUACACCAAAACAAAUUAUGACUGGAGUACUUGGAUAUUAUUUAGUGACUAUACAGGGUUGCUAUAUGAGAAUUUGUUAAUAUGAAAAAUUUGAAUAAGCGAGAAAAACUAUAUAAAAGUCUAAAUCAGAAGUCUAAACUUUAAAUCGAGGAUUUUAUUAGUCAAAAGUUUUAAGUUCUGAUUAAUUAAAUUUCUGA